UACCUCUCGUCGGGCGAGUUUUCUGAUCUAACCAUAUGCACCAUCAAUCAGGAAUUCAAAGUCCAUAGGCUGGUCCUCUGCGGACAAUCGGAGUACUUCUCCCGGAUGUUAAAACGAGACUGGGUGGAAACGACCGAAAAGCUUGUACGCUUCGACGACGAUGAUCCAGAGGCUAUCCGAGCGAUGAUUCAAUUCAUGUACGGAAUUGACUACAACAAGAGCGGUGGGGACGAUGGCCAUGCUUGUCCUCUUCUUUUUGCUGUCAAGAUGUACCAAAUUGCGGACAAGUACGCGGUGCCUCGGCUGCAACAGCAGGCCAAGAAGACUUUCGAAACCCUCGCCAAGACAUGUUGGGAAAUGGACUAUUUCUCCACUGUGAUUGCAGAGGCUUACAGAUGCACGACGAAAAGCGAUCGAAGUCUUCGAGAUCCCCUGGUGGAAAUAUCCCGGGAGCACAUUGACGAACUGCGGGAGAAGGACGAGUUCCAGAAGGUACUCGAGGAGGCUACUGGCUUCGCUGCUGAUCUUGUCCAUAACAUGGCCCAGUCAAAUGCAAAAGCCCCAAGUUAUACGAGCAGGAGGUACCGCUGCCCCAGUUGC